GGACUUCUAAGAUAAAAAGGCAGGAGAACUAUUAUACGUCAACUAUUGUAAGUUGUUCCACCGAACGUUUUGAUCCCAGUCAUGUCAGUCGAACGGAACGCACAUUCCGACCUUGUCGCAGUAAAAGGGAUUAAUCUCGUAGAUCACGUCGCCGAAAACCUUGACGCCGUGUCCGCUUUUUGUCCGCAUUCUUCGGACAUCCUCAUCGGUGCUUACCCUAAAUCAGGCUCGACCUGGAUGGUGGAGAUAGUCGAUCUGCUUCUUCAUAACGGAGAUGCCGAGACCUGCAGACGAGCCCCGAUAACGGUUCGAGCCGCUUUCCUCGAGGCUUCCAAUCGACUGCGCCCUAAAUCAGGUCUCGAUCAACUAAAGGAAAUGGAUCCCCCGAGGCUCAUUAAGACCCAUUUGCCGAUUCAACUCGUUCCGGUCGGAUUUUGGGAAAAAAAGUGCAAAAUGAUCUACGUUGCGCGCAACGCAAAGGACACCGUGGUGAGCUACUUCUACUUUCACGGCAUGAAUAAGGCCGGUCCUGAGGGUGGCCCCUGGGAGAGCUUCGUCCACAAGUUCAUGAGUGGAGAGUUGGGAUGGGGCACCUGGCACGAUCACGUGAAAGGUUACUGGCAGGAACGAGAGAAGAAAAACAUCCUCUACGUCUUCUAUGAAGACCUAAAGGAGAACCCUCGGCGUGAGGUGGAGCGGCUCAUGAGGUACCUGGAUCUGUCCCUCUCUGACGAGGUCAUCAACCGCAUUGUGGAGCUGACCACCUUCCAGAACAUGAAGAUUAAUCCGAUGGCAAACUACAGCUUUGUCUGCAGAAAUACUUUAGAUCAGUCCAACUCCAAAUUCAUGAGAAAAGUGCUUCAGCAAUUUACGACAUCAUUUUCAGCAUCACUUACCAUUCUGCCGCGUCUCUUGGAAAACAGGACAAGUCGGUGAUUGGAAAACUCAUUUUACACCGGAGCAGUCAGCAACGUUUGACGAGGACUACGAAAAGAAAAUGAAGCACGUCAACAUACCGUUCAGAACACAGUUGUAACAUUACUGUCUGUUUUCAAAUAAAAUACACAUUUUGGGCUGAUUAUUCUU